CAUGAACAUGAGACUGAAUGUUGCAAGGAAUAAUUGAAGGUGGCAUCAUAUGACAUAUUGUGUAACAUCGAAAAUUGACCAUAUACUGUAGGAAAAUAGAUAUUCACAGGUAAGGGUUUAUUGCCAGGACCUCAUAUCCUCCAAAUUUUAAUUGAGGACUGCUUCUGAGUACAGAUAUAAAAAUAUCCCAAUUAUAACUGUAAUGGCAUUGCAAAGUUCUAGUCAACAAUGACUUAGGAAAUCAAUUACUGGUGCAGCUGCUCAUAAUGAAUCAAUCACAACAACAGUAACAUCACCUGUUUCUUGGGUUCAGAACAAAAAUGAAAUGGGAAUGUCAACAACAUUCUUGAUAUUCAUGAUCACAACAAAUUUGUCUCUUCUUUUCACUACUUCCACCAAUUUUACAACCACUGCAAUGACCACUACAUUCGUGUUGAAUCUGCUAAUAUUGGCAUUAUUUCUUUUUUCAUCUUGUGUUCAUAUUUGUUGCCAUCACCAUUGUCAUCAUCAUACAGUCAAAAGUGAUAAAUAUACAGAAGGUGAAAACAAACCGACGUAUUUGUUGAUGAAGCCAUGGCCACAAUUUGGGGAAGACAGUCGUUCAAGGUGGACUAUCGAUCAGAAUACAGAAAGCAGAUAACUGGACCUAUGUCUGGUGAGAAUGUGUUGAGUUCAGUCUCUUAUCUGCAAGACUCAGAAUUAUUGGCUUCAAUGGUAACCUGUAAUGGUAACGUAGAGGAAAAGCAUUAUAAACAGAUAUGUAUGUUAGUUAAACAAUUACUUAAGCACUUCGACCAUCACAACAAUAUAUAGUUCCCACAUGCCUACGUCUUGUCUCGCUGCAACAGGAAUAACGAGUUAUACGCGGUACAAUUCCGACACCUUGCGGGCAAUUGAAACUCCACACUUCUCACACUCUGUGACGGACAUUUCACAUUCACGUAAACUACAAGUUAAACUUGUGGAUCCGUUUUAAAAGGUACUUAAUCUGAGUAAAACACGACUUGCUUUUGUUUAAUGAAGGAAAAGCUGAGUGUAUUACACAGACGGCACAUGUGGUGACCGAUGACCGAACGUGACCUGUGGACGAUGUACAGACAUGAGGCAACAAGCAAAGAAAAUUGCAGUUGAUUUGCCAAGGAAGUGAAUAAUGGAAGACAGUAAAUUCAAUUAUUAUUGUGACCUGUGUGCCUUCGACAAAAUGAAGUAGAUAUUGUACUUGAAUGAUAGAUUAAAUGUUAGUUUCGUUGGCCGCGUACUCAAUGCGUUAAUGACUCGCAAAUAAGACGGCGGCGCUGUUUUCAUUCUAAGCUCCAGACCGUGACGUCACGAUGAUGGGCAGGAAAUAGAAGCACGGUCUGGUCAGAGACUGACAGUUCCGUGGUGCUGAAAUUAUCACGACACGUUCGUUUGGCGAAGCGUCUGUGACUUCAUGAGGAUUUUAUGUACUAUACGAUCACCAUAAGGAGGAUUUUUGUGUCGAAAACAAAAUAACAGCGGUCGUGGCGUCACCGAACUGUGAGAAGGAAACAAUAGGAUUCUGUGCAGCGAUGCAGCGACACAAAAGGUACGUGACUCUGGUGCUGGUGUUCCUCGCGAUUCAUCAGGCAACUACCACGGUGAUUCACUAUUCUAUACCAGAGGAGCUAAAAGAGGGAUCGAUUGUUGCAAAUCUGGCGACGGAUCUCAGUUUGGAUGUUUCGUCGCUGAUCAGGAGAAAGAUGCGCCUCGACAUUAUCGCCAACAAGAAAUAUCUGGAUGUGAACAAAGAGACUGGAGAGCUGUUCAUUGUGGAGAAGAUUGACCGGGAACACAUUUGUCCAGCGAAGUCGUCAGCCUCGUGUUUUCUCGGACUAGAGGUGACUCUUGAAAAUCCUGUGCGAAUUUUCAAUAUUGAAAUCGAGAUAUUAGACAUGAAUGACAACGCCCCACACUUCAGGAGAGACGUCAUUCAUCUAGAUAUAUCCGAGUCGGCGCCAAAAGGGGAGAGAUUUUCUCUCAGUAACGCAGUGGAUCCAGAUGCGGGAACUAAUUCAGUUAAAACAUAUUACCUGAGUGACAAUGACAAUUUUGAUAUCGAGGUCCAGACCGGAAGGGAUGGGAAAAAAAUAGCAGAAUUUAUUCUGAAAAAACAGUUAGACAGAGAGCAGCAGGCUCGUCAUAAUUUAAUACUGACAGCUGUCGAUGGAGGAACACCGGCUAGAUCUGGAACUGCAAGUAUUAUUGUGCAGGUUUUAGACACCAAUGAUAACGCUCCUACAUUUGAUCAAUCUGUAUAUAACAUUAACAUGAUGGAGAAUUCUCCUUUAGGAAGUCUGGUCAUUCAUCUUAAAGCCACAGAUCUAGAUGAAGGGUCAAAUUCAGACUUAACAUAUUCCUACAGUUUAUACACACCUGAGAAAACACAGAAAACUUUUAACCUCAAUCCUUCUACUGGUGAGAUCACCGUGAAGGAGAUGUUGAACUAUGAGGACUUCAGGAUUUAUGACAUGGAAGUCAUAGCAACAGACAAAGGAGUCAACAGUUUGUCAGGACAGUGCACAAUAAAGAUCAUGAUUGAAGACAUGAACGACAACCAUCCAGAAAUAUCUAUCAAGUCAUUUCACAGUCCAGUCAGUGAAGAUGUGGAAGUAGACACAGUGAUCGCAGUGGUGAGUGUGAGCGAUAAGGACUCUGGAGACAAUGGAGUGGUUGAUCUUCAUAUUCCAGAUAACAUGCCUUUCAAACUGAGGGAGUCCUCUGAUAACUAUUAUGAGUUAGUAGUUUCAGAGGCAUUAGAUCGUGAGAAGGUUCCAGAAUAUGAGAUCACCUUCAGUGUGACUGACAGAGGUUCUCCUCCUUUAUCUGACAAUGAAACUAUGACCCUACAACUGCUGGACGUGAACGACAACGUCCCUCAGUUCCCUCAGUCCUUCUAUACGAUACGUGUGAAUGAGAAUAACGCACCUGGAGCUCUGCUGGGUUCACUGUCUGCGUAUGACCCUGACCUCCAUGAGAACCAGUAUCUAGUUUACGUCAUCCUGGAGAGGGAGACGGCCAACACCUCCAUGUCCAUGCUGUUCUCCAUCAACCCAGAGAACGGGAAUCUUUUUGCCCUGAAAACUUUUGACUAUGAGAUAGAGAAGGAGUUUCUUUUCCACGUUGAGGCCAGAGACUCUGGUUCUCCUCCUCUCAGUAGCAACGUGACGGUCCACAUCAUCGUCGUGGACCAGAACGACAAUGCUCCAGUGAUCGUCUCUCCCUGGCGUGCUCACGGUUCAGUGGUGGAGGAGAAGAUCCCCAGAUCUACUGAUAAAGGCUCUCUGGUUGCCAAGGUGAUCGCCUUAGACACAGACUCUGUGCACAACUCUCGGAUCACCUACCAGUUCCUCCAGGUGACCGACGCCACCUUGUUCAGUCUGGACCAGUACAACGGAGAGAUCCGGACUAUGAGGAUGUUCAGUUACCGAGAUCCACGUCACCAGAGGUUGGUUGUUGUUGCCAAGGACAACGGGGAGCCUGCUCUCUCUGCUACAGUCACCAUCAAUCUGUCCACAGUGGAGACUGCUGUGAAGUCCUACUCUGACAUGACAGAGGUGCCUCUGGAAUAUGACAUCUUUUCAGACCUCAACUUGUAUUUGGUGAUUGGACUGGCCUCAGUGUCCUUCCUGCUGCUCAUCACCAUACUGGUGACCAUCGUGAUCAAGUGUCAGACGCCCAAGAGCAGCAAAGCAGCUCCUCCCAGCAGGAACAGUGUGAUCAGUGAGAGGAACUCCACCAUUGCAGAUUCCACUCUGGUGUCCAACGAUGCCUACUGGUACAGUCUGUUCCUAGCAGAGACCAGGAAAGGCAAACUGGUGGUCCGACAGCCUGUGCCAAAGGGCUCCAGAUACAUUGUGUCCAGUUUACCGAGGAGCACUGGAGUGACCGACACCAGUGACUCUGCUGCCUCCACUCUGCAGGUAUGAAAA